CAGAUAGCAAUUCGUCACAGACAGAACAGCUAGCUGGGCGGAGAAAUAAACCUCCGGAACACACUACCACUGUUCCUACCACUUCAAACCGCGCCGGCGAGAGAGUCGCUUAAUGCAAGAUAAGUAGAAGAGGGGCAAAAACCUAAACGAAAGUCAUCCUAAAACCUGGAAAACAUAAUUACAACGUGUUACAACUUGCAGUUCCUAUCUUUCUACGCUGCUGCAUCCGGCUUAUUCGGGAUUGCUACAGUGUAUUUGUUUGCAGUUGUGAGACAAAUUUCAACUUCUACCUCUUCUGAUAGGGGUUUCGUUUCUGUUUUCUGUAGUUGUCAAAGCGGAAUGAAUGACAAAGACAAAGGCUGAUGUUCAUUCGCCAACUCACUUUGUCUCGCCCAAGGAAAGGAGACACAGGCACAAAAUGGAAAGCGGGACGGAGAACGCCAACAGCGGGCAGGCGCAGCCCCAACAACAGCACCAGUUCGAGCAACAGCCCGUAGUGCAGUCCAUCCAAGUGAACGAGAAGAAAAAGAUCAACCGGGCUCCAUCACCUGCCAGACCCAAGGAUGUGCCUGGAUGGUCCCUCACCAAGAUCCGGGGAGGCAUCGGUACACCAACACUGAGCGUUAAACCAGGAUCCAUACAUUUAGGCAGCCGGGUGUCCAGGCGUAGUCCAGGUAGCGGAAAAGAGACCAAAUCAGAGAAAGGAAAACUGCCGGGGAAAUCCACACUAUCGGUUGCCAGUGCCCAGAAGAGCGGCAGUAAAUCGAUGAAAGGUGGUCGGAAGAAGGUGUCCGAUGCAAGCAACGCCUCGGACGACCUGAGCAAAGACUCUGGUUGCGCCGCGGGCAAGCUGUCGCCAACGGAUAGCAGUUCCGAGAUCUCCGAUUGCGCCUCGGAGGAGAAUAAACUCUCCACCGAUGCUCUGAGUAGUGACACCGAAUCCAGCAGCCGAGGCGGGGGGCCCGAGGGCGAGAAACCGAGCAGGGACUGCGGAGAUGGACCGCUGGAUAGGGGUACUCGUGGUGACCAUCAUGCCAAGACCCCCGUAGAUAAGGACCYACUCUCAUUUGGAGUGGAGACCGGGGAGGGGAGCAUUUCUCCGGGGGAUGAACGGUCUCUCACCUCGUUCGACAGCCGGGUGCCUGCCAGCACAUCCCUGGCUUUCUCCGACCUGACAGAAGAGUUCAUGGAUGGCAUGCAUGAAGAAUUUGUCCGGGAAAUCGAGGAACUGAGAUCAGAAAACGAUUACCUAAAAGAUGAGAUGGAGGAGCUGCGCUCGGAGAUGUUGGAGAUGAGGGACAUGUACAUGGAGGAGGAUGUGUACCAGCUGCAGGAGCUGAGGCAGCAGUUUGAGCAGGCCAACAAGACCUGCCGCAUUUUGCAGUACCGCCUCCGCAAGGCCGAGAGACGCAGCCUCCGCGUGGCCCAGACGGGACAGGUGGAUGGGGAGCUCAUCCGUACCCUGGAGCAGGACGUCAAGGUGAAUCUGGAAUGGAGAGCGUGGCUAAAAGACGUGUCCAUCCGGCUGCACAACGAGUUGGACUCUGUGGAGAAGAAGAGGGGCCGUCUGGAGCAGGAGAACGAGGAGAUGAGGGUGAGGCUCCAGGACCUCGAGGUAGCCAAGCAGGUCCUGCAGGCUGAGAUGGAGAAGCAACGAGAGAACUCUCUGAAGAAGCGAGGCGCUCGGCCAAACAACAAGCCAGAGAAGAAGCUGUCUCCCCAGGAGGACAGUUCGGACCUCAAGUGCCAGCUCCACUUUGCCAAGGAGGAGUCAGCGCUCAUGUGCAAGAAGCUGACCAAGAUGGCCAAGGACAGCGAGGAAAUGCGGGAGGAGCUGGCCAAGUACCGCUCGGUCUACGGCGAUGUGGACGCCUCGCUCACCGCGGAGGAGGUCAACGACUCGCCCCACACGCGCGAGGCCGACGUCAGAGUUCACCUGAAGCUGGUGGAGGAGGAGGCCAACCUGCUGAGCCGGCGCAUUGUGGAACUGGAGGUGGAGAACCGCGGCCUGCGGGCCGAGAUGGACGAUAUGAAGGGCCAGGAGCUGCCACCAGGCCUGGGGGUCGGAGGCAUGGGAGGCCCUGGAGGAGGAGGUCUGGAGAAUGUGAUGGAGCUCCAGAGGCACCUGCAGUUUGUCGAGGAGGAGGCGGAACUGCUGCGGCGCUCGCUGUUGGAGAUGGAGGAGCAGAACAAGCUGCUGAUGAACGAGAUCAACCGCUACAAGUCGGAGCUGCCGCUGGCGUCGGACCCAGACGAGGACGACUCCUCGUCCAUCUCUCUCCUGGMGGACGGUCAUGGUGGGGGGGCUCUGAUCAGCACAGAGGCCCCCCAGGAGGAGCUUCUGCAGGCCGCCAGGCUCCAGAUUGGGGAUCUGAGCGGCAAGGUGAAGAAGCUCCAGUAUGAGAACCGUGUGUUGCUGUCCAACCUGCAGCGCUGCGACCUGGCCUCUUACCACAGCUCUUCCAGGCCCGCCCUGGAGACCGACGCAGAGGCAGGGGACUCAGCUGAGUGCCUCCCCAGCCAGACUCACCGCGAGGGCCCCAUCGGAGGGGAGAACGAGCCCCUGGAGGAGAGGGAGAAGAAGAUGUCCACUGGGGUUCCUGUCCCCCUGCACGGCGAUGUCCCCAUGGGGCUGAAGGACCGCGAAUCCCUGCUAGCCAUGAGGGACCAAGCCCGCCUAAUCUCUACAGCCAUCCAGCUGCUGACUGCCUCCGACUCCAACUGCCCUUCCAUCUCCCUCUACCGCAAGAUCUCCUCCGGGGAGGCUGCAGAGCCAUGUGUCCCAGAGAAGYUCCAGCAGGCCCAGCCCUCGGAGCUCCAGGAUCUUCCCCUGGUGGAGGCUCUGACUGGCAGGCUGCGAGCACUGCACACCCAGCUCCAGGCUUUUGUGGAGCGGGUUGAGAGCCUAGGCACCACCCCCCCAGGGAGGGCACAGGUGGAGAGGGCAUCCCCCCUGCCUCUACUYUCCGAGGCUGGGGACUCUGUGGUGGGUACACCCUCUGCCUCUCACCCCUGCCCUCCAGACGACCAGGCGGGUGAGAUCCCCGCAGAGCAGAAGCAGCCCCACUUUAGGGACCAAUCAGAGCACGAUGUGAAAGGUCAGAAGGAGGAGGGUGACAGCCGCACUGACCGCAACCAGACCCAGGAAACACAGGAGACGGACACAGCUCUGCAGAUCAAUGAGCUGCAGGCCCUUCUGUCGGAUGCGAGGGAGACGGCUCACGGGACGCAGGAGGAACUGACUCUGGAGGAGACGGCCCCCAGUCUGUUAGUCUGCAGACACGGCUCAGCAGAAUGUUUGACAGAGAGGAACCUGAUGGUGCACGGAGUCCAUCAACUCAAGCAGACCCUGCUGCUGCUCAGCCUCAAGCUGCGCUGCUUCCUCAAACAGUGGCGUCUGGGACGCAAGCUGGACACGGAGGCCAAGGAUGUCCUGGAGGUGAACAGUCUGAAGGACCUGUACCUGCUGCUGGAGGAGGAGAGUCUGGCCGCCCACCAGGGAGACAACAAGAUGGCCGCCGCAGAGGAGCAGCCACUCAGCCCCAGCAUCUCCAAGGAGCUCUGCCUGCUGGAGAAGAGCUACAAACAGACGAGCGGCGUGAGCAGCACUCUGGCGGACCUGAAGGGAACGCUCCAGGAUCUGAGCGGAGAGCUGCGAGAGGAGCGRCAGGGCUCACAGGAACUCACCCAGCAGUUUGCCCGCGCCAAGGCCUCCUGGGAAGUGGAGAGGACAGAGCUCAAGAGCCUCAUCACCCAGCUGGAGAGCAAGUUGGGCCAAGCUGUGCUGGCCGGUGGAGAGAAGGACCUCCAAGGACCUCCCGACCUGAAGAUGGCCCUGAAGAGGGAGCGCGAGGAGUACCCGCACCUCCUGGCCGACUCGUACGCCGCCGUCAUGGACCUGACCAAGCAGCUGCAGAUGGGAGAGAGGAACUGGAGCCGUGAGAAGCUGGAGCUCCUGGAGCACUUCAAUCAGGAGAGAGGCCAGUGGGAGCAGAGGCUACAGAACAAGAUGUCUCUGCACGACAAAACCACCUCCGAAAGGGAAACUGCAACAGACGCUGUUACAAAUGGAAGUAAUUUACCAAGGACCAAAUCCAUCCCGUCCAUGCCAGAGUUGGAGGGUCUGCUGGAGGCCUGUCCUUUCCUUCCGGGUCAGGAGGUCAACGGGACAGCCAAUGAGGAGGMAGAGAAGGACCAGCCCAACACCCAUGCCCCUCCCCUUCUAGCCCACACAGACCUGGGUGACCUCACCAGGAAGAACUGGAAGUACCUGACCAAUGAGGUGGCRAUGAUGGAGCAGGGUAAUGCCCCCUUCAAGACGUGGGACUGCCCCAGCUCCCCCAGUAGUUUCCUGGGCCUGGGGAGCAUCCAGAGGAGCUACACGGCCCCCGACAAGACCGGUAUCCGCAUCUACUACAGCCCCCCUACCAUGCGCCGUAUGGAGAGCCGGCUGGCCAAGGAGAAGCAGGACAAACCUCAAGCCCAGCAAGGCCACCUGUCCCGGGCUUCAACUCCGUCAGACGCUGGGGCCCCGGAGGGCCAGCCUCCCUCUUCCUCCUUUGCCUCCUCCUCUUCGUCCUACGACCAGUGGCUGAGCUCUCUGUCCGAGCAGCACAGGGAACUUCUGGAGAACAGCAGCGGUGGCGCGGGGGUGGCGCCCUUCCACGGCCUGGAGAUCUCUGCCAACCUCUCGGACGACAUGAAGGAGAUGACCAACUGCGUGCGCCAGGCCAUCCGCUCCAGCUCUCUGGAGAGGAAGUGCAGCAAGGACGAUGCAGUGUGUGAUUGCACCUCCCAGGCUCUGACUUCCUGCUCCGUCCGGCCCUCCCGCUCGGCCACACGCCAUUCACCGGGCCUCUGCAUCCACCUCUCCCAGGAGUCUCCAACGGCAACAGAGGAGAGAUUGGAUCCAAGCAAUGAGUGA